UUCUUGCUAUGACGAGCGAGCUUGGCCUGCCAAUUACUACCCUCACUUCUGGCGCACUUACUGAAGACAUUUACUACAAGGUUGUGAAGGAACUUGCUAUCUUAUCCCCCAGAUCUCUCCGAUCCGCCACCCUCGUCAGCCGCGAUUUUUAUGCCUUUACGACUACCUUGCUCUUUCGCACAAUUGAAGUAGGCCAUUUAGCCGUGCCGAAACGAGAUGAGGCUAUUCUUCAACGAUUAGAAGAUAAUCGAUCUCUUUGUUUGUGUGUUCGCGAACUUGUGCUUGGCGAGCGGGUAGGAAUAACAAUCGGAGGGCUAUCAGAACCGUUAGGGGAAAGAUUGUUACCUUUACUUUCCCAUAUGACUCAUCUCACAGACUUUUGGUUUUCGUUAAGUGCUACCUCCUCCUUUGUAUCGCCGCUCGUACAAUUCAUCACUCGCAAACGUCCGGAUGUGCGGCUCCACGCAAAUCUGUGUGAAUACGAGGACAGUGAUGGGGGAUCACUGUCAUGGACCAUUAGCAGAGCAUCCUUCGGCCCCUCUCCCAACCUUGUUUCCAUGAAUGUUAGGACACAUUACCACCGGGGCCAAACGGAUCUUCUUGUCCACAUAAAAAAGUUAGCUUUAUCCAGUGCGAGCUUGCGCUCGCUUACUAUAGGAGUUGAUUUUGGCGGUUGCUUUUUGGGUGAUUUCUCAACUGGCGACAUUGCGUUUGAACAAGGGGAACGGGUUUCUUCCCUUCGUAAGCUCUCGAUCGACGGCUGCCCCAUGGAUGAAUCUUGGCACAGUGGCAUCCCAUGGGAUGCGCUCGAAGAAAUAUAUUUUUCGCGCUUUCCCGCCAUCCUCCACACUCAAGUCGACCAGAUGCACAAUCUUCGCUCCGCCAAGCUGAUUGGUAAAGUCUACUGGAAUACUGAGGAAGAGCGUUUGCAGAUCGCACGACCAAUCAGCGAUUUCCUUCUUCGUCUCCCUUCUGUUCUAGAGGAGCUUGACCUGGAGGAGCUCACAGGAGACGUCCCAAUCUCCACCAUUGCCAGGUUUGGAGAUUCACUCAAGAGACUCAGGCUUCAUGUCCUUGAAAAGUAUGACAGGGUUGGGGCGCGACAUGUGUUGUCAGCUCAACAGCUGGAUAAGAUCCGUGUUGCCUGUCCUAGCCUGGAAGAGCUUCAGAUUGACAUCAAUCGUAACAGUGAAUGGCCUUACGAUGUCCUGGACGCUGUAGCAGAAUUUUCGCAAUUGAGAAGGCUCACACUGUCCCUCGAGCUUGGGCUUGAAACGGAGACGUUUGUCAAACCGUACGCCACCCACUACAGCAGCGUCCAGCUUUACAAGUACAUAGCAUCACAUCGACGGAACAGUCAUCCACUGGACGAGCUCACUAUCGAGUUAGGUGGACACCGUAAAUUGGGGACGGGCUACCCAUGUUCCUGGGUGUUGUGGGAAAUGGACGAGCAAGCGACAUACACGGUCAAGCCUUCUGAGCGACUUGAGGAUGCCCAAGCAGGUUUGCUUGAUGUCUGGAGGAAGAGGGGAAUGCUACGUGGAGGCGUUAAACUUUUUUAUGGUCCGGUAGGAGGAAAUACCGAGGAUGACAAGGAGAUUGUUGCGCUUCAUGAACGACAUGGCGAAAAGAACUCAAGAUUUGAGCUUUAUGGUCUUGACCUCAGUGCAUUAUAGCAUUUGCAACAAAGCAACCACUUACAUAACCUAUAUUUGUCAUGAAUAGACAACAGACAUAGUGAUACAUCUUCGUCACUGUGAUGAUAAAUUUAUGACUGGUGGACGCCGCCUGAUGCGGCAGAACCCGCUACUCUUAACCCUGCAUGUUCGCUCACUUUCAUUUGGCAUUGACACUCUC